AACAAAGAAAAACUAAGGAAAAUUUAAUUAAACUAUUAAAAAAAAYCUAAAUUUCAAAAGUACACAAAACGUCAUAUUAAUAUCGUCCUAAAAUUCACACACUCUAGACAAAAAGCUGCAAAGAAUCAAAACGAAAAGAUCAAAACAAACAGAAAACAAAGAAAACUCAGAAAUUUAAUUUCRCACUUUCUAAUCUUAGAAACCAUYAAAAAAGCUAAAUAACUUAAGCACACAAACUAUCGUAUUAAUAUCCUUCUAAUAUUUACAGAAAACACCAUCUAAAUAAUCCUGAAAGGCUCUAAAAAUAUUAUAAUCACUUCAGUUUAUGCGCGCACCGUUGGGUCUCUCGAUAAACAACAAUGAAUUAAUGAAUUCUAUGGGAAUUUUUCCGGAUUCAAAGCAAUAUAACAAGAUUUACACGUAGUACACCUCCGAAAUCUUCUUAAUUCGGAUAGAAAUAAAAAGUUUAACGCCUCUUUGACGUUGUUUAUGUAGUUUCGGCAAACUAUUAAAAGUACUCUGGAUUUAUUAAUAGAUYGAUUGUACACAUUUGAGCGCGUUUAUUUAGCCUGCGGAUAAUAGACGUACAAAGAUAAUGUAUCAUUAAAACGGCUGUGAUGUCAUGACUAUAGAGCGGAGUUUUUGUCUUCGGAGUUGAAGUUAAUCUCGAAUUCUUUGGUCGAGCAAGAAAAGGGCAUAACUUGAAUAAUUUCUUUAUUGACCCUUUGUAUGACAMAGCUCUACGGGGGAAGCAAACAUAAAAGCAUCGAUUGAGUGGAUUGUUAUGCAAAGAUCCCGUGGAGCCUCUGCACUGAGGACAUACUUGCGACAUACCAAAGAAGCGGCUUUGAUUUUGUGGGCAAACUUCCAUCUUUUCGGGCGCUAAAAUGAACGAAAAGUCCCCAAGAAGGGCUCCUCUGGAUCUCACAGCUGAGCAGUUAGAUUACAAAGAAAGUAAAGCACGAAGCGAGAACAAAAGAGCAAGAAAUCGACUCCACAUUAAUAAGGAGACCCUCACCGGACAUGAAAACACGAAUGUCAGUUCCCUUGACUACGAGAUGAGGCGGUUAAAGCACGAACUACGAGGAAUAAAACAGACUUCUGGUUAUUUCGUUCUUAAUCACGAUACUUCGGAUGAUAAUAUGAGAAUCAGACAUCGAAAUAAAAGACGUGCCAAGGUUAAAAUUUUAAAGAAGAGACAAUCUGUCUCCAAGACUACCGACACGAUCUCCGAGCUCAGAAAACCGAGCGAAGGAAAUCAAAGUACUGCCAAGACAAUGUCCCUGCCUGUGCUACCGACUAUUUCUCCUGCGAGUUCAGACUCUAGUGUAAAAAACUCUUCAAAAUCACAAGAAUAUGGUAAAACGCARGACAUUAGCACGCAGGAUAAAAAUUCACGUGUUCCGGUGACCCUGGAUUUCAAAUCCAAGAGUAACAACACUAAGAUAGAAUAUUCUAAUGAUGKUUUAAACGCUACAACGAACAAUGACAUAAGUACAUCAAAUGAGAGUGAUUUCAAAGACUUGAACAAGAAUGAUAACCUAUUAGGAGUGAAUGUUGAAGCUGCGAGGAAUCGAGUACAGAAUAGACUAGCCGUGAGCAGCGAUAGCACUUUUCAAGUUGACGACAACGGUGACUUAACUCCGUAUAUGCACGUACCGCCCGACGGUCUUCCUCGGACGGCAUACCUCUUACCUCCCCUGGAGGACCUUCUUUGYGAGGCAAAGAAGGCUAGAUACAUUCGAAAAUUAAGAAAACGAAAUACAAUCUUAGAGAAGGAUGAUCCAGAGAGGGAACUCAAUAUUGAUGAAAUAUUCAGCAAAAGUAGAUAGCAAAUGUAUUUAUUUAUUUAGUUUUUCGCGCUUUUUAAAGUACUUUAMAAAUCAAAUUGGUUUUAUAGCUCAAACGACAAGUAAAUUACCGCAGAGUUCAUUUAGAA